AUGAUCGGUGCGCCCCCUUGGAACCGCCUGCCUACCGGCAUCGCCAAGCCCGCCGCCGCGGCUGCCGUCGUCGUAGCGGCGCUCGCGUCCUCCUUCCUCGCCCUCCCGCGUCCACGCGCUGCCGCCCCGCCCCCCGCGGGAUCCGGGCUCCUCAUGUCGAAGGCGAGGGUCUACACCGACGUCAACGUCCUGCGCCCCAAGGAGUACUGGGACUACGAGGCGCUCACCGUCCAAUGGGGUGAGCAGGAUGACUAUGAAGUUGUCAGGAAAGUUGGAAGAGGUAAAUAUAGUGAGGUCUUUGAAGGCAUCAAUGUUAACAAUAAUGAGAAAUGCAUCAUUAAGAUCCUUAAGCCUGUCAAGAAAAAGAAGAUCAAAAGGGAGAUCAAAAUACUUCAGAAUCUCUGUGGAGGUCCAAACAUUGUGAAGUUGCUUGAUAUUGUCAGAGAUCAGCAUUCAAAGACUCCCAGUUUGAUAUUCGAAUUUGUCAACAACACGGACUUCAAAGUUUUGUACCCCACAUUGACGGAUUAUGACAUCCGCUACUACAUAUAUGAGCUACUCAAGGCUCUAGAUUACUGCCAUUCUCAAGGUAUCAUGCAUCGAGAUGUCAAGCCCCAUAAUGUAAUGAUAGAUCACGAGCUUCGGAAACUUCGCUUGAUAGACUGGGGCUUAGCUGAGUUCUACCAUCCAGGCAAGGAAUAUAAUGUCCGUGUUGCAUCGAGGUAUUUCAAGGGUCCUGAACUCCUUGUUGAUUUACAAGACUAUGAUUAUUCUUUGGACAUGUGGAGUCUUGGCUGCAUGUUUGCUGGAAUGAUAUUUCGCAAGGAACCAUUCUUUUAUGGCCAUGACAACCAUGACCAACUUGUGAAGAUUGCAAAGGUCCUUGGAACAGAUGGGCUGAAUGCUUAUCUGAACAAGUAUCACAUUGAGCUGGACCCUCAACUUGAAGCUCUUGUUGGAAGGCAUAGUAGAAAACCCUGGGCGAAGUUCAUCAAUGCUGACAACCAACAUCUAGUAUCGCCUGAGGCCAUUGAUUUUCUCGAUAAGCUUCUGCGCUAUGAUCACCAAGAUAGGCUUACUGCACGUGAAGCUAUGUAA